UAUCUCUAUAAAUACACCUCUUCACAUAACCAAUAACCACUUCUACUAAGAAAAAAAAAUAAGAUACUCCAAAAACAUUCUUAGUUUCACUCUUUGAUGGCUGGUCUUCAACAAUACAACUUUUUCCCCACUGAUCUCUUCUACCCUCGUCCGCAACCUCAACAAUCUACUGCUUCUCCCACCGUGCUUCCUCUCCAAACACCAAACACUGAAGAUCAUCGUCAGGAUCAGCAGCAACAACCAGAUAGUACCAUGAUCAAAACCACCCCUUCAACUUCUUCUUUGGUUUGCACCCACAAGGCACAAUCUUUUGAUGUUGUUGACAAUAGCAAAUCAAAAUUGUCACCAAACCCCCUCUCUUUGAUGGUUUGGAUUGAUGAAGAAGAUGAAGAAUAGAUCUCUAAAGCAUUUUUUUGAAUGAGACAAGACAACCUUGUAGUUCUCAUGUUUUAGUGUAAAUUAUUUAAGGGUUUAUUUUCUCUUUUUUCAUGUUUUUUUACCCUUUUUUUAAUUGUCAUGUUACUCACAGAAGAUAGAAAUUACUAAAGCUUGUGGUUUUCUUUAUUUAUUUGC